CAGCUGCGGGUUAGCUUCAGUCUCUGGGUAGUGAGGAAGUGAGGCAAGCGCUGCCUCUAAACUUUCUUUGUUUUUAUACUCAAUUUUAUAUUAGCAUGAAGCUUAGUUUCUUUUAACAGUCUGCUUCCUCUGUGCAAACCUGGAACACCUUGGCAUCAUCAUCAUCUUUCAUUGGUCUUUUAAGAGCCAUGGCUAAACCUAAAAGACCUGGUGUGGACAAGCCUGGUGAUGCUUCAACCCGAGGGAGGAAAGCUAAACCUAAGCACAAGAGUGGAGGCUCAGAGUCGGAGAGAAAACAGAAAGACACAGAAGCAGGUCUUCAUUCGCUUUUUGGACAGACUGCAUCAAAGGCCACAUCCACCAGAAAAGGAUCAGUCCCAGCAAGUUGCCCACCUCAGAAGACACAGAUUGCAGGUCCUGAUGUUGCACAAAGUCAUGCAGUUAAGUCUCUUCAGAGGUCAUCCAGGACUUCAGCUUCUUGGAGAUCAGAGAUGGAUAAAACAAGCUCAAAAGACUCUGACGAGGGAACUAGAGGACCUACGCUGGUGCAGUCACGCUUGGCAUGGAAGACCAUGGCCAGUCCUUCUCCUACUGUAGAUGCACUCAAGAUACUAAAUGCAGAAAAAAGUGCUUCAGUGAAAGAUGUGGAGCUGAAGAUUAUGCCGUCUACUCAGUUAAAGCUCCCGGAGAAACCAAAAGGCUCAGAGCAAACACAAGCAGUAUUAAAGAAGAAGAAAAAGAAGAGGAAGAUGGGCUUGUAUAGUUUUGUUCCCAAGAAGAAAACCAAAGUGUCAUCUCAGCCGAACCUCACUUUACCUACCUCAAAUAGCCAAAAACCGUUGUCAUGUGGAGUCAAAGGAAUACAGCUUCCGUUAGAGGAGGCAUUUAAACCCAGAACAAACUGCGACAGCAAAGAGACGCCGAGCGAUAAAGCAGUCGAACUUCAGGACAUGAGCGAAAGUGUGCCAUCACCCGAACACGUAUGUGAAGAAUAUACAGAGCUCCCUCUACACACACUGGCACAGGAAAGCGUUCUGACGGCGAUAAACACAGGUUUGCCUGAGGAUAAAGAAAAUCUGGAGUCGGAUGAGACGAUGGAGCCACCGCUGUGCAGCUGCCGCAUGGAGACACCCAGGAACCAGGAUGUAGUAACACUGGCAGAGGGGAAGUGCAUGGCUGUAGAGGGUGUUGAUGGGAAGUUGAGUUUAUGUCGAAGACCGAUCCAGAAGCAGGAGAUGAUGCGUCCGUCUCUGCGGAUCCCGCUGCUGGUACUGUGUGAGGAUCACCGGGCCGGUAUGGUCAAACACCAGAGCUGCCCUGGCUGUGGCGUGUUCUGCAGAGCUGGAACGUUUAUGGAAUGCCAGCCGGACGGACACAUCUCUCACCGGUUCCACCAGAGCUGUGCGUCGACGAUUCGUGGCCAGCUCUUCUGCCCUCACUGCGGUGAAGAGGCUACCCAGGCUAAAGAGGUCACCAUCUGUAAAGCUUCUCCUAUUACUCCUACGCCGGCCAUCACUGUAGCUGCAGUACCUGAAGACAAAGGAGACUCCCCUUCGGCAGAAAAGCUAAGAGCUGAUCCUCCCGUGGAGCCUGCCGUAGAGUCGCUAGAGACGGUUCUGGAAGCACUGGAGGAUGGAAAAUAUAAAAGGUCAAAGAUUCCCCCGAAGCAGCUCUUCUACUCAGCUAAGAGAGGAGAGCUUCAGCAAGUCAUGCACAUGCUGGUGGAAGGAACGGACCCCAACUUGCAGAUGGAGAGCGAGAGGAGGCGCACGCCGCUCCAUGCAGCCGCCGCUGAGGGACACAAAGAGAUCUGCCACAUCCUGGUUCAGGCGGGUGCAAACCUGGACAUGUGCGAUGAUCAGCAGCGCAGUCCUCUGAUGGACGCCUGUGAGAACAACCACAUGGAGACAGUAGAGUACCUGCUGAAGGCUGGGGCCUCCACAUCACACAAGGAUAUAAGGGGCUCUACGUGUCUCCACAUGGUGACUCGAGGAGGCCACAUCGGGAUCCUGCAGCAUCUCCUCUCCUCUGCCUCAGUAGAUGUGAACUGUAAGGAUGACGGAGGCUGGACCCCCAUCACCUGGGCAACUGAAAACCUGCACACAGAGCAGGCGAAGCUGUUGAUUGGCCGAGGAGCCGAUAUCCAUAUGAGAGACAAGGAGGAGAACAUCUGUCUACAUUGGGCAGCUUUUGCCGGCUGUGCUGACAUCGCUCAACUGCUGCUGGAGAACAGAUCAGACACGCACGCUAUAAACAUACAUGGAGACACGCCUCUGCACAUCGCUGUUAGACAGAACCAGCUGGAUUGUGUCAUGCUCUUUUUGUCCCGAGGAGCAGAUGUUAACCUGAAGAACAAGGAUGGAGAAACACCCUUGGACUGCUGUAGCAUCAACUCCAAGAUGUGGAGCAUCCUUAACACCAGCAAGAAGCUCACCGAUGCCCGCCGAGGCAGAGACAGGCAGGCAGAGCAGCUCCUCUGCAGAGAUUUGUCUCGGGGUUAUGAGGACGUCCCCGUGACUUGUGUGAACGGAGUGGAUCAAGAGCUCUGUCCAAACUUCAAAUACGUCCCAGAGAACUGUUUCACCUCUCAGGUGAACAUUGAUGAAAACAUCACACACCUGCAGCACUGCACAUGUAAAGACGACUGUUCAUCCAGCAGCUGCAUCUGUGGCCAGCUCAGUAUACGCUGCUGGUACGACAGGGAAGGCCGUCUGCUGCAGGAGUUCUGUCGGGAAGACCCGCCCUUUCUGUUUGAAUGCAAUCACGCCUGCGCGUGCUGGAGAACAUGUCGGAACCGAGUGGUGCAAAACCGACUGCGGGUACGACUGCAAGUCUUUCGCACCGCCAAAAUGGGCUGGGGUGUGAGAGCUCUGCAGGAUAUUCCUGAAGGAGCCUUCAUAUGCGAGUUCGCCGGCGAGAUCAUUUCAGACGGAGAAGCCAACGUCAGAGACAACGACUCGUACAUGUUCAACCUGGACAAUAAGGUUGGCGAGGUUUAUUGCAUCGAUGCCCAGUUCUAUGGCAACGUCAGUAGGUUUAUGAACCACCUGUGUGAGCCCAAUCUGUUUCCUGUGCGCGUGUUCACCAAACACCAGGACCUGCGCUUCCCACGUAUCGCCCUGUUCUCCUGCAAACCCAUACGAGCUGGAGAUGAGCUAGGGUUUGAUUACGGAGAUCAAUACUGGGAGAUUAAGCGGAAGUUCUUCAGCUGUCAGUGCAGUUCUCCUAACUGUAGGCACUCGGGGGCUGGUUUGGGACGCGGCCAUGUGGACAGCUCGGCCCAAACGCCCACCGUCCGGAGUUCCUCUCAGGUAGCCAGCACUCAGCACAUUCGUUCAGCCAACACUGGACAAGCAGCAAGCCAACCCUGACCUGCCUCUGUGAGGACACUGCAGAGACGAACUGUUCGUGUAUCACUUCCUGUUUUCCGAUUUCUUGGUUGUCUUCUACCAUGUUGUAUUUUUUAUUAUUAUUUAAAUCUAUGAAGAGGACUUUUAUAAUGAAAAAAAAAAAACGAAUGCAGCAAAAGACUCAUUUUAAAGCAGACUGUAGUUAGAGUUGAAUGAAUUCUGAUAGAAUUUGUACCACAGAACAUUUUGUUUAACUUGACUGAAGGAUUAUGAAAUGCAAUAUAUAUUUUAUCAAUGACGUUUUUCAAACAGUUGGGACAGACUUUCACCCGAUUGCCUCAGUUUUUAGAUGAGUUUAAGAUAACGCUUAACUCUUAAACAAUAUAUUUUUAAGGAUUAUUAAUUUUCAGUCAUCCCAAUUUUUAUUAUUGCUGUAAUGUUUAUAAUUAUGAUAAUCAUGCAGAUUAAAGCCUUUUUCUAGAUAUUUUCAA